CAAGCAAACGGCGUAAAAUCAUUUGAUCUUCCCGCGAAACAGGAGAUCAAAACCCUUUCCAGUAACUUCUGCUCCUUUGCCAUAUAUAAUAUAUGUCCCUACUGCUUGUCCCUGAAGACUCAAAAGCCACACAAAAUCAACUAAGUAACCGAUUUAUUACAAAAAAAAACCCCAAAUUAACGAUCUCUAAAACCCUCUCGGACCGUAGAAGAUGAACCGGAUCGCGGUGAGGUCGGUUGUCGGCGGCCUGCUCGGCGGCCGGAACUGCAACCGCUACAUUUCCACGGCGGUGCCCGUCAGGCCUUUGGACGGCGCCGAGUUUCUGAAUCACCGGAACGGUGACGUUUUGGGCGGGUUUUACUGGAGGAGGAUGAUGAGCACGGUGCCGCAGUCUGCUGAAACGGCGUCGCUGGGGGAGAAGGAGCAGAAGGAGAGCCAGAGCUCGGUCUCCGACGACGCCAAGAAAGGAAGUGAUAGCGUUGUCGUUUCGAAUUACUGGGGGAUUCAGAGGCCGAAGAUCACAAGGGAGGACGGGAGUGAGUGGCCUUGGAAUUGCUUCAUGCCAUGGGAGACUUAUAAGCCAGACUUGUCGAUUGAUCUGAGCAAGCAUCAUGUGCCGAAGACGUUUCUGGACAGAGUUGCGUAUAGGACCGUCAAGCUUCUUCGGAUUCCAACUGAUGUUUUCUUUCAGAGGCGGUAUGGGUGCCGUGCAAUGAUGCUGGAAACUGUGGCAGCUGUACCUGGUAUGGUGGGAGGAAUGCUACUGCACUUAAGGUCUCUCCGCAAGUUCCAGCAGAGUGGUGGUUGGAUCAAGGCUUUACUUGAAGAGGCAGAGAAUGAGAGGAUGCACCUCAUGACGAUGGUGGAACUUGUGAAGCCCGCGUGGUACGAGAGACUACUGGUUCUCGCUGUGCAGGGAGUGUUCUUCAAUGCCUUCUUUGUUCUUUAUGUGCUGUCCCCCAAACUGGCACAUAGGGUUGUUGGGUAUCUGGAGGAGGAGGCUAUACACUCUUAUACAGAGUAUUUGAAGGAUAUCGAUAGUGGCAAGAUUGAAAAUGUACGGGCUCCUGCAAUCGCAAUUGACUACUGGAGGCUUCCUAAAGAUUCUACACUGAAGGAUGUUAUUACUGUGAUUCGUGCUGAUGAAGCUCAUCAUCGAGAUGUCAACCAUUUUGCAUCUGAUAUUCAUUUUCAGGGCAAGGAAUUGAGAGAGGCACCAGCUCCCGUUGGUUACCACUAGAAGGCAUCUUGUAUGCCAAUUGUUGGAAGUGUUAUAUGUCUAUCUGAUAUGAUCUGUUUUGUAAAUGAUGGAUGAAGGCUAUGGUCUAUAUUGACAUGGAUGGUUUUUCAAUUAGAUAUGACUCACGAGAGGGUAAAACAAUAAUUGAUUCCUCGCAGUUUCGGGUUGACUUUUGAUUGAAUUUGAUGGCCAUAUAAUCAGUAUUGAGUAAGGUUGUCUGGUUUUGUAUGGGUA